AUGGAGGAAAAUGCCAUGGAGUCAGAUUCAGCUGAAGUUUCGGCUUCCACCUCAGACCUGGGAGUGUCUGAUGCCUGGGAGGAUGUGACCGCAUGUUUGGUGUCUCCUGGAGGAUCAGGGUCGGAUCAGACUGUGGUGGACUCUCUGGCCCUGCUCAGUGCUCAUGGACUGGACCAGCUGCUGGGUAGCUGGCUGCUGGAGACUCUGCAGAUGCGUCUGUCUUCCUGUGUCGUCCCUGAGUUCUGGUCGGGGCUCAAACAGCCAGAGAAUGAGGUGGAGGAGAGAGACCGAGCCUGGGUUCUGCUUACCGCCUUUAGGACUCUGCUGGACAGGCUGGACCCCUUCCUAGGUGGUUUGGAGAGGUUGAGGACUUGGCAGGCUGAGGGCCGCUGUAGUCCAUGUGGGACAAAGCCCGGGGGUCUCCAGGAUCGGGCCUUUACCAUCAUCAGAGCCCUCCUCCUGUUCUCCCCCUCCCCCGUCCUCCAGGAACGAGUUCUGGAGUUCUACAGCAGGACGUUCUCCGUCUACAUGAACCAGGAGGGGGAGGCUGAGGACGGGGGCGACGCUGCAGACGGACCAGAGGGAGGGGUCUGUCCAGGCUGCAGCAUCCAGAUGGGUCAGUGCUGGUGUCGGGAGGCGCUGGAGCAGCUGCAGGAGCUCAGCCACAUCCUAUCCAAGCUGCAGCUGCUGGAGUGGGUCAGCUCCAAGGCCGUCACCUUCAUCCUCCACAAACUCAUUGAACAGCGGAUGGAACAGCACUGCAGGGGCGAGUACGAACGCUCCUUCCUGCUCGAGUUCCAGGAGUGGCUGGAGCUGGUUCUUGGCUGGCUCAGCAAAGUGUUUGCCAGUGAGGCCGACAGAGACCCUCCCAGUGUUCCCAGUGUUCCCAGUGUUCCCAGUACUCCCAGCGUCCAGGACGGCCAGCCUUCCAGUCCUAUCCUGAAGCAGUGGAGGUGUCAUAUGCACCAGUUCUUCUGUCGAAUCUACGUCAACAUGAGGAUCGAUGAGUUGUUCAGCAUCAUCAGAGAUUUCCCAGAGUCCAAAGCUGCUAUUGAGGAUCUGAAGUUUUGUUUAGAGCGAACAAACCAGAGGCAGCAACUCCUCACUUCGCUCAAAUCUGCUUUUGAGAGCCGUCUGCUGCACCCAGGUGUUCACACGUCUGACAUCCUCACUGUUUACAUCUCGGCCAUCAAAGCCCUCAGAGAACUCGAUCCAUCCAUGGUCAUCCUGCAGGUCGCCUGCCAGCCCAUCCGCAAAUACCUCCGGACUCGGGAGGACACAGUGAGGCAGAUUGUAGCUGGUCUGACUGGAGAUGCUGAGGGCUGCACUGAUUUGGCUUCGGAGCUGUCCAGAGGAGACCCAGUGACACUGGAGAUGCAGGAAAGUGACGAAGAAGGCAACGACCCUGAAGACUGGACACCAGACCCAACGGACGCUGUGCCUGAUAAGACCGGCUCCAAACGGCGUUCAUCGGACAUCAUCAGCCUACUGGUCAGCAUCUACGGCAGCAAGGACAUCUUCAUCGACGAGUACAGAGCGGUGUUGGCCGACAGACUGCUGCACCAGCUCAACUACAACACCGCCAGGGAAAUUCGGAACGUUGAGCUGCUGAAGCUCCGGUUUGGAGAAUCUCACAUGCAUUACUGCGAGGUCAUGCUGAAGGACAUGGCCGAUUCCCGCAGGAUCAACAGUAACAUACGAGAGGAGGAGUCAAGGCUGGGCGAAGACGAGCAGCCGCCGCUCUCCCUGUCUGCCAUCAUCCUGUCCUCGGAGUUCUGGCCGACGCUGAAGGAGGAGAAGCUGGAGCUGCCGCCGGUGGUCUGCCAGGCCAUGGAGGACUACACACACCGCUACGAGAAGCUCAAGGCCAUGAGGACGCUGAGCUGGAAGCCUCACCUGGGCUCCGUCACUCUGGAUGUGGAGCUGGAGGACCGGACCCUCACCCACCUCACCGUGUCUCCCAUUCACGCAGCCAUCAUCCUGCACUUUCAGGACAAAAGUUCUUGGACUCUGGAGGAGCUGAGUGUGAAACUGGGCGCCCCCAAGGAGCUGGUGCACAGGAAGCUGGCUCUGUGGCAGCAGCACGGCGUCCUGAGGGAGGAGGCGGGCGGACGGUACUAUGUGGUGGAGAGGGGCUCGUCUAAAGAGAAGAUGGAGAGAAGCGUCAUGUUGAUCGACAGCGACGAGGAGAGAGACUCCAACACCACCACCCAGUCUGAGCAGAGGGAGGAGAAGCUGCAGCUGUUCUGGGCCUACAUUCAGGCCAUGCUCACUAACCUGGACAGUAUGACGCUGGACCGCAUCCACUCCAUGCUGCGGAUGUUUGUCGCUACGGGACCCGUCGUCACAGAGAUGGACGUAAACGAACUGGAAGCCUUUCUGCAGAGGAAGGUCCGAGAGCAUCAGCUGAUGAUGUCUGCAGGCGUCUACAGACUCCCCAAGUCCAACUGACAGAAGACGAAUAAAGUCCUGCAUUUACGAUCUGUGGGGAAUAACGGAAGAGUCAGUCAUGUUCAUGUUUCAGGACACUGCUUUGUUUGGCUGAAACAACUUAUUAUUGUGAUUUCACCCUACAAAUACUUAAUGGUGACACAAAAACAGAAGAGGUUUACCUUGUACUUUCAAGGUCCGUCCUCAGAGCCGCGCAGAAAAAUGGAAGAACUGAACACAGUGUUGUAAUGAGACGUUUUCAGAAUAAAAGCUGUUCAACUCACA